AUGGCUGCUCGGGAUCUUCCUGUGAGCCCCGUAAGGUUGCUGAAAUUUAUAAGAUCAUACUCUUCGAGUCAUCGCAUGAUAACCGCCCCCGCCCCCACCCCGACCAGUACCCGAUACGAGUGGUUGCCCGCUGCCAACCAAAACCGCCACACCAUGACAAAGAAAGGCCAAAGGCGAAACAUCCCCGAGAGCGGUGUUCCACCAGCAGAAAAAUAACAGAGCGGCGUGGUGCGACUAUACAUCCGUGGGAGGAACUCCGGCGCUUGUGUGACCUCCAUCNGCGACAAAUCACUGCUGCUGCUGUCGUCGUCUCCAGAGCUAGCGCAUACGUCGAUACUCGACAUGAUAGGGAUCGGGGUCGGCAGCUGCGGCGCCAGACCGUCGAACCGUAGUGACGUGGUGUGGUGUGGUGCGGUGCGCGGUGUGCAGAGUGCAGCGAUGUAGCGACUGCUGGGCAGCUGGGCAGACUUUUUUCAAAAUCUUGGCCGCAAAUAUUCACUUAGUGGACCUACAAUGCUAGUAUGUUAGUAUGCAACAACUAAGAUAAAACAUACCAUUGUGACACAAGGUACACUGCAACGGUGACAUCCCCAGGUGCUCUUANAGAUGCCCAGGUGCUUGUAUUGGACUCAAGUCCAAUUAUGUCCGUCUUCCAGCAGCCUCUGGCACGCCUUGCAGCCGGAUAUGCCAGCAAAAUGGACACUCGUGCUUGUUUUACGAUUGAUAUGCGCCAGCAGUAUGUGGUUCUGCUCCGGGAGCAGGUGGUUCUGCUCGAACAUCGCGUGUUCUGCUCAAGCAGAUGUUGAAAUUGGAUCUGCUUAAGCAUAUGCUCCUUAAGGCCAAAUCUGCUCUUUUUUCUGCUAGCAGAAUGGGCCUGGGCCUAGAAAGUAUCGAUGGAAUCCCCCCCCGUGUCGCCACGCCUGCCUGUGGUGAAAACGGAACGGACAGGAGUCUGAACUCGGAUUCAAUCUGCUGGGACCCUUCCGAGAAGUUGCUGACGCAAGGCCUCACACCUGGGGUGCCCCGCGUCGCACAAUACCCCCGUGGCAGGGGACGAUGGUCUCGACCCCCCAGUCUAGGAUCUGGUUAACUUUUGAGGCGAAAGCUUCACCGUCCGUAACCAUGAACUUCUUGUAAAACGGCAGAUAAACCUUGGAUGCAUCGAUGAUCAGUCGUCGAGCAAGCACGAACGGACAGAGACGAUCAGUCGCUGGGCUCGCAGAAACGGGCAAAGGUGCUCUAGCCGUGAAGUGAUUGAUCAAAUCUGCCGUAGAAACCCAGAGCAGUUCAGUAGAACCAGCAAACGCUGAGGAUGCAGAUAAGAUGGCGUCGACCUCCAGCUCAAGGCAGGAGUUGGUCUUGUAGGCAUAUCCUGCUUCAUGGCGAUUCCGAGGACUGACGCCGGGAUGGCAGACACAUCAGUUGCGAGGGCAGAACAAUUCCCUCCGGGUCCCCCGAGAUUCUUCACAGGCAUGCGACUGAAGAUGUCCACUCUUUCAGGGACAACAAGGCGUACCGAAGAGGCUAAUAGUGCAGAGACGGCAAGACAACAAAAACAACAAC